ACAUUUUCACAUUUAUGAUAAAAAUAUUUUUAUAAUGUGUAAAGGUUUUACCAACGAAUUAGUUUUAAAGUCAUUAAUAAGCCAUUAACCAUGAACAGUCGAGCAGCUAGCGAGCUUGUCGUCGCGUGGUCUGAAUAAUUGAGAGGCGUCAGGCCCCGGAAUGUCACGUGAGUCAUCAAUCAUUUACCCGCGGAGGCAGCUGUGCCUCCUCCGGCGGCCGCAUCCAUGGCGUAGUAGCACCGAUAUUUACCGGAGCGUGAGUAGCUGUAGGCCUGUAGCUGCUUCGGCCGCUCGCUGUCCGCCACAAAGCGACGACGACGAACGCUCGUCGCGCACCUACCCAAGAUUUGCCCUCGGCAUUUACGCCCUCACCUACAAUCUCAAGCAAGCCCGGGAUUAAUGGCUCUUUAUAGUGCCACCAUUGCCGAGCCCAUCCCAUUGCGGAAGCAGCAGCAGCUCCGGCUCCUUCCUCCUCGUGCAAUGCCACUCGUCCUCCUCGCCGCGUAGCUUUCGGGUUUGGAGCUCACUGUGCUGCUCACUUUGUGCCAGUGUCAGUUCUUGCAGAGCGUGGUGCUGGUGUGUCGUGACGUUGUCUGCAGGAGCUGCAAUGGCGGCCGCCAGGCUCGCCGUGCUCAUCGCCGCCUUGCUCUGCUGCUCCCUCGCGCGGCUCUCCCGGUGCGGCGGCGGCGUUGGCGGCGGCGGAGGGGGACAGAGGGUGCAGAACUACACCUCGAUGUUCAGCUUCGGGGACUCGCUCACUGACACCGGCAACCUCGUCGUGUCCAGCCCGCUCUCCUUCAGCAUCGUCGGCAAGUACCCCUACGGCAUGACCUACUUCCACCGCCCCACCGGCCGCUGCUCCGACGGCCGCCUCGUCGUCGACUUCCUCGCGCAAGCGUUCGGGCUGCCGCUGCUGCAGCCGUACCUGUCGCGUGGCAAGGACGUCCGGCGGGGCGUCAACUUCGCCGUCGGCGGCGCCACGGCGAUGGAUCCGCCCUUCUUCGAGGAGAUCGGCGCGUCCGACAAGCUCUGGACCAACCUGUCACUCAGCGUGCAGCUCGGCUGGUUCGAGCAGCUCAAGCCUUCACUCUGCAGCUCACCGAAAGAUUGCAAGGAGUUCUUUAGCAAGUCCCUGUUCCUCGUGGGGGAGAUUGGGGGAAACGACUACAACUACGCCUUCUUCAAAGGCAAGAGCUUGGACGACGCCAAAUCCUACGUCCCCACCGUCGCCGGCGCCGUCGCCGACGCCACCGAAAGGCUGAUCAAGGCCGGCGCGCUGCACCUGGUGGUGCCGGGGAACCUGCCAAUCGGCUGCUCGUCGGCGUACCUGACGCUGCACCCCAGCGGCAACAAGAGCGACUACGACGCCACCGGCUGCCUCAAGACGUACAACGACUUCGCCCAGCACCACAACGCCGUGCUCCAGGACAAGCUGCAGCUGCUUCGCCGGAGCUACCCCGAGGCCAGGAUCAUGUACGCCGACUACUACGGCGCCGCCAUGUCCUUCGCCCAGAACCCCAAGCAGUUCGGACGCUGUCCAGUUGAAUGGGAUGGACAGAGUGGCACUGAACGAACUGAUGAACUAUUCUGCAUUUGCAUCACUGAUGCUGGGAUGACAGCAACAGAGAACGGUAGCAAUCACGGUGGCCCGCCACGAUCUCUCAUCAAUCAUCGUCAGUAUGGGGGUGUAGAUGUAGGACUCUCUGAAAAUGCAAUGUGAGAUUGUCGGGCUCUUUCAGAAAAGAUUAGAGGAUCUGAUCCCUCCUAGUGGCCAUUCUUCUUUAGGGAAAAGGGACUUGUAUGCCUGUGCAUAGAGGAUGAUUACUUCUGUGUUACACUGAAAAGCUCAGUGUCGUGUUCAUCUCAUCUGAACUUACCACUAACAUGGUCAGUGAAAGUGAUGCAUUGAUCUUUGUUAGUCUAUUAGGCUAGUCUUAAUGCUCAGUUUCACUACACAGUUUUCAAGACAGCUAACUCGAUGAAACGAUGCAUGAAACAACUCCUCACAAUGCAACGUUUCAUUGUAUCUUCAAAGCUAAAUAAAACAUUUAAUUACUACUAGAAGUUUGAUUGCAUGCAGAGAGUGUUUGAUUACAUGAAAUGCCUCAAGCCCCUCAAUGCAAGUUUCAUUGCGUUACUGAGAACUUAGUAACAGUGCCCAAAUGUUUCAUGCUAUAAAACUAAUUCGCUCUCUCUCCUCAUAGUUUCAUAUAAAUAUUCUCUUUUGUGCUGAUGUGUCACCUAAUUAAUAUGCAUGACACCUCCAUUUUCCCUUUUAUGCUGAUGUGUUACCUAAUUAAUAUGCAUAACACCUUCAUAAAACCUACAUUGAGACUAGUCUUCUUUGCCUUAGAAACUCUGAGCUACUACUCAUAGAAGACAAUCAUGGCACUGAUCAAUCCUGCUGUUAGCCUCUGAGUCAAGACAAUACUGAACCUCCGAGGUUCUGUUUGUACAUGAUGUGGGAAACUAUUUGCUGACCAGUUUCUUCCUUAUUGUUGGAUGAUCAGGUUCUAGAAGUCUAUGUCUACGUUUCUUUGACGCGUAUUAAUAAGCAUUGAUUUCAAGUCAUGUGACAUGCUUAACUGUUAACUCCACAAUAUUUAGUGCUUCACCAUGUUCACCAGCUCCCAUCAAUAUAUAGGUGGCAUCAAUAACAUGUCUUGUCUAUUUAUCCGGCGGCUACCACCUUUUAGUUGGCAGGUUAAUUUUGACCAAUUUAGAGCCCAAUUAUGAUCACAGCAGUACUGUGUAUUGACAGGUCGGAUUGUCGGAAUCAGUAAAGAUGCUCUCUAGACUAGGUCUGGGUUCAAAACUUCGAAAUGAAAUUUCCGAAAUUUUGGGUCUACCAAUGGAUGCUCAUAGAAUUUUUAAUGUUUUCAUUGAAAGUAUUUUUGUUUGCAUCCCAAAUUCGUGCUGAAAAUUGCAGUACUUGACCCUUUUUUAUAAA